CUGGAGAAGUGCGUCCCUUCUCGCUUGCCUUAUGCCAGGCGAGGCGGGGACCGCACUACAGUGCUGCCAGCCGGAGGGGGGGAACGCUCACGUGCGGCACUUUGCUUUCCAGCCGGCGACAAUAGCUCUCGAGAAAACCAGCGUUCAGACGACCAGGACUAGUAUUAUUUUGUCCUGGGAGCCCGCACAGGAGGGAGGAAAGGCCAUCUACUCGACCUGGGCAGCGGACGCACCCCUUUUCUCCCCCUCGGUUCGUCUGAACGGCCCGGAGCGGCGAGCGCUCCAGCCACCGCGGAGCUGCCUCAGCCUUUGACAGCUCCGCGCGAGCACCUCGGGCCUGAAGUCCAAGCUCCAGGGGAGGGACGGGGCGGGGCGAGCGCGCGCGGGGCGGGGCGAACGCGAGCUGGGGCGAGAGGAAGGAGCGCGCGAGCGAGCCGAGCGGUGCCGAGCGGAGCAGGGAGGUACCGGGGAGAGGCUGGCUGAGCCCGCCGGCAGCCUGCGGCUCAGCGCCGAUCGUGCUGCGUCGCCGGGCUCCGCGUACCCCCGCCUCUGCCCAGGCUCCCGCAAAACUUUUAUUCUCUGGGGCUUCCCGGGGUGUCUGAAGGAAUCGGAGCGCUCGGCAGGCUCUGCGCUCCCCUGCCGCGGCGACCCAGGGGACGUGCAUCCCUUGCCCGCUGGGCUCUCGCGCCCCGCGCCUCCUCACCUGCUGCUGAUCUCUCCCCAGAGCGGCGAGGGGGCACCCGCGGAGGGGCCGCGCGGGGGCCAGCGCCCCCGAAUUUCCCCGCCCACCACCGUAGACUCGCCCGGCGCAACUUUAACUUGAUUCCUCUAGCCCAGCUCGGGCACCCGCGGCUGCUGCUUUGCUGCCACCGCUGCCGUCUCGGCCGCCGCCUCACAAAGGGGCGCGUGGAGGGGAGGCGGCGCGGUCCGCGGGCACAGGCGCCGGUGCGCAAGGCGCGGGCCUCCUUGCCGCCAAGGCCGGGAGACAAAAGGGAAACUGCCUCUGUUCGCCGUACGGGCUGGGAGCAGCCUGCUCGUCCGCCUCCUGCCCGGCUCCGCGAGUCUCCUCCCCCAUCCCUCGGCUGCUGCUCCUCCUCCCUCCCCGCGGGCUGUUCCCGCAGUGCUCCGGGACCCGGCGAGCCUUCGGGGCGCGCGUCGCUGCUGGUGGUUGGGGCUGUAGCGAUAAUAAAUGAUAGAGGAUACAAUGACUUUGCUGUCUCUGCUGGGUCGCAUCAUGCGCUACUUCUUGCUGAGACCCGAGACGCUCUUCCUGCUGUGCAUCAGCUUGGCACUGUGGAGUUACUUCUUCCACACGGACGAGGUGAAGACCAUCGUCAAGUCCAGUCGGGACGCCGUGAAGAUGGUGAAGGGCAAGGUGGCCGAGAUCAUGCAGAACGAUCGGCUCGGGGGGCUCGACGUCCUAGAGGCCGAGUUUUCCAAGACCUGGGAGUUUAAGAGCCACAACGUGGCUGUGUAUUCCAUCCAGGGCCGGAGAGACCACAUGGAGGACCGAUUUGAAGUUCUUACGGACCUAGCCAACAAGACGCACCCGUCCAUCUUCGGGAUCUUUGAUGGACACGGGGGUGAGACUGCAGCUGAAUAUGUAAAAUCGAGACUCCCAGAGGCCCUUAAACAGCAUCUUCAGGACUACGAGAAGGACAAAGAAAAUAGUGUUCUGUCUUACCAGACCAUCCUUGAACAGCAGAUUCUGUCAAUUGACCGAGAAAUGCUAGAAAAAUUGACUGUAUCCUAUGAUGAAGCAGGUACAACGUGUCUGAUUGCUCUACUAUCAGAUAAGGACCUCACGGUGGCCAAUGUGGGUGACUCGAGAGGGGUCCUGUGUGACAAGGACGGGAACGCCAUUCCUCUGUCUCAUGAUCACAAGCCUUACCAACUGAAGGAGAGAAAGAGAAUAAAGAGAGCCGGUGGUUUUAUCAGUUUCAAUGGCUCCUGGAGGGUCCAGGGAAUCCUGGCCAUGUCUCGGUCCCUGGGGGAUUAUCCGCUGAAAAAUCUCAAUGUGGUCAUCCCGGACCCAGAUAUCCUGACCUUUGACCUGGACAAGCUUCAGCCGGAGUUCAUGAUCUUGGCAUCAGAUGGCCUCUGGGAUGCUUUCAGCAAUGAAGAAGCUGUUCGAUUCAUCAAGGAGCGCUUGGAUGAACCUCACUUUGGGGCUAAGAGCAUAGUUUUACAGUCAUUUUACAGAGGCUGCCCUGACAAUAUAACGGUCAUGGUGGUGAAGUUCAGGAAUAGCAGCAAAACGGAAGAGCAGUGAACCCUUCCGGGUCUUGGCUUCCCUUGCCUAAAGGACUCUCAACACACUGGUCUCUUCUAAUGUAGUGAAAGCGUGGGAGUUACAGUUAGGAUCAGCCACCUAGACGUGGGAUUCCCCGCCCUGGUGGGCAUAGGUCUAUAUGCAGUAAUGAACAGAGGGUGCUCUUGGCCCACGUAGCUGAGAGGCUGGAAAAUGGUUUCUUCAUGUGUUCCCAAUUCUUUCCUCCGAUGUUCAAAAUAUAUAAAUAUAUAGCUGUAGAUUCACAAGUAUGACGUGAACGGCACAUGUGCCAUAUAUUCUCCCCUUUGGGAUUCUUUUCAAGACCUCUUCCUGGAUUCUCCAGGCAUCAGACUCUGUCCUGUCUUUGGAGUGGUGCACAGAGCAGGCCUCCAGAGCUGCAGGGGACGGCCUACCGUGGCCCCUGUGAGUCUGGGCGGACAGGCCGAUGCCCGCUGCUGAGCGGCAGAGCUAUCCUGAGAGGGCUUUGUCCUCCUGAGCCCAGCUUUUCUGCUCAGCAGCAGCCCAGACACAGAUGUGAAAUGGUUUAUUAUUCCGUGGCCGCUUUUGGAGACGGGGGGGGGAAGUGGGAGGAUGGGAGCCGCCUGCACAGCAGACAUAACCUUUUCCCCUGGCUUCCUUUCUUACUUAAAUAGACUCUGUGUGCCACCUGACCUGUCUUCAUGCGUUUAUCCUAAUCGUGCAUGACCUUAACCUUUUGCUUCUACCUUACCUUAUGUAAUAGGCAGCUGUGAAACCACCACCAGACGCCACGAUUUUUUGUGUACCAAGAAACCUAUUAGGGGAAAUGAACAAAGCAAAUCACAAUACCAUAAUUUCUGCACUCUUUAAGGGUAGAUAGAGGGAAAUAGUGGCCAAAUAAGUCACAGUGCCCCCUGGGAAAUCUGCUGUUUGCGUUAGGAAAGAAAGCUGGGGAGGUCACCACCCUGAACUGAGCUCCGGUGGCCAUUUUUAUGCGGGUUUUUUUCCUUCUCUCUCCUGUCCCAGUAGCUUUCAAGUGUCUUUCAAGCAGUGUUCUGAUCGGCACAGCCUUGAACUGCAUGUGUGUUCCUUGAAGCCGAGGACAGAGUUCCCAGCACAGCUGGGCAUUUGGUGAUAAAAUGCUGGCACGUGCUUCCCCUUGACAGUGGAAAGGCAGCUGCCCGUAACAUUUGGAUGCAGAUCACUGUCCACACCAGGUAGCUUUCCCCAGGCAAGCACAGCCCGCGCCCCCCUGCCCUGCGUGCUGUGGCAACCAUGCUCGCUGGCUGGGAAUUCAAGCCCAAACCUGUAUUGGUAAGUGGCUCAGAGUUAUUUCGGGGCCAGUCUUGCCGCUCUUCGUGCCCUGUCCACCAGAAUCAUGUUUCCAACCUCAGUGUUUUAUAAAUUAAUUGACCGAGUGCUGGGUCGGCCCGUUUGCCUGACUGAGGUGGCUCAAACAACCAGACAAGAUUUUUGUUGUGUCCCUACCCUUCUGUGUCUGAAAUGCCGAGGUGUCCACCUGGUUUUGUCUUUCUCAAGUGGAAACAUUAGUCUUUAGAGCUUCUCAAAGGUCCAAUUUACUGGCCACCUCCAGCCCACAGUGCCCCUCCCUCCCUUGCCUUUCUUCAACUGUGGAGCUUUCCCGAAGCGGGUUCCAGGGGAGAACUUGGGAGGAUGAAGUUUCCCUUGUGGCUGCCAAGGGCUGCAGCCUGACUGGAUUCCUCUAAGCACUUACCGUCUUUUGACUGCAAUGAGAAUUAAUAAUGGUUUCCCAAGCGAUUUGCUCACUUUUGUAAACUGUAGCAUUAGAAUUUCCAGCAUUAGAAUUAGAACCCUGGUUAUUUUUUUUUUUUUUUAGGUACAGAAUGUUCUAGUACAAAAUAUCUGUCACCAUUUUAGAUUGAAAUAUUUGCCUAUUGAGAGACAAUGAACAAUUGGAUGUGUGUAUUUGGGGACGGGGUCAGGGGAGAGGAAGAUGGGAGACAGGCUGGUUGUGCUCAGUGAUGGGAUGGGCAAGCCAGGUGGCCUUGCUUGGAGAUCUAGGACAUUCUGACUCUGGCGAGUUACCAAAGCCCACCAUCUAACUGAAGGUCAGGAAUAAGCAAUUUCAGCAUUUUAUGCUACCCAGUCCAAUUUCCUUUUUUUAUUUUUAACCCUAAAAUUUAUAUUGACAAGGGAAAGAGAUCUUUUAAUUCCAUGAUCAUUAUUAGUAAGAUGAAAAUAGACAUGUUUUGGUGAAGAUGAAAAAGCAAAGCUACAGGAAAUUAGUGUUUGUUUACCCUGCACAGGGUCUUCCUGGGUGGUGCCGAGGGCAGGCGUGCUGGCCUUCCCCUCCAGCUGAGGUUACCGGGUGUCUUCUACAGUUUGCUUUGUAGAAUUAAUUCAUUUCUGAAUUUAACCAUGUAGUGUGUGUAUUUCCUACUCCCUUUCUUCUGCCUCUUUUCCUCCCACUUUGGCUUGUAGAUUUUUUAAAGACAGAUGUUUUAGGCAAAAUAGUAGCAGUUUGAUUAAGAGUUAUGUCUAAAAUCAGAGCACUUUGCUCCCCGCGCCCCCCCCCCCCCCCCCCCCCCCCCCCCGUCCUGGAGCUCUCUCUCUCUCUCUGCCCCUCAUCCAGCUGUUAGGGGUCUGCAGACAUCACCCCAGGGGUGCCCUGUGGCUCAUUUUCUAGGGACAACAAGGGAAAAGUUGAAUCUAGCCUUUAGGGAAAUUGUUUUGAGAAGUUUGCAUGUGAAGCUUCCCUAAACAGCACUGCCAAAGCUUUGGAAUUAUCACAUGAGGCUGCCCGGACUCCCCAGCCCGAGUUCGCAUUGCCAAUAGCCCCAUAGUGCCAAAUUUGGGGAUGGUUUUUCAUUUCUUUUAGAAAUGACGUUGGGAAUGAAUGACCACAUGCUUACGAGCCCCCAGCAAGAUGCCAAGCGCAGACCCUCAUGAAUGCUCCGCUCCGCUGUUGCCCCACCAGCAGUUUGUACUCUUAACAUGGGUUGGGAUUGGGGGGAGGGGAUAGGACAAGAUAGGGAAAAUUUUUUUGAAAAUUCACUGUAUUUGCAAUUCUCCAAUUAAAGGAAUAAAUAAUACAUUAAAAACUCCAAAGCUAGUUCCCAAGACCUGCAUUCAUUUUAUGUGACCAACUUGCCCAAGGCACUGAGCUCUGAAGUCACUAUUCUAAUACAACAUGACUGUGCGCAUAUGUACACAUUACUGGUAACCCGCGGCUGUGUUCUAUGCCUUGCCUUAGAUAGAAGGUAUUGGCCUCUUGAAUCUUGUCUCUGUAAAAAGAGUAUUACAGAGAGUGUUUUCUAGAGUGAAGGAGCAUAUGCAAUCUGGGUAACUUAAAACAGGGCUUAUUUCAUGCAACUGUAAUGAUUUCAGCCCACAUACAUUCUGUGCAGACAGGAUUGUGUGAGGAUGAUGGCAUUGUUUCAAUCCUAUCUGAAGUAAUUCUGGGAAACUGAUGACGUUAUUGAAUUGGAUCAUUUGGAUAUCCGGCAAUACAUGAGGGAUACGCAAGGGAGUGAUCACCUUUUCCUUUGCCAAGUAUAUCUUGAUUUUCUGGAUGUUUUUCCCCCUGAAUUAUUGCUAGAUCUAAUACUCUUACAACCAUGUCAAUGAAGAAGGUUUAGAAAGGGCAACAUUUCACUGUACAUUUGAAAGUAUGUGAAUACACACUCUGGAUGAAGUUUUAUUCUUCCAUGAUUUCAGAAAUGAUUUUUUUCUCCUUUGACCCAUCAUCAUUAGACUGAUCUUCCCUUAAUAUUCUCCUAAAAUUGCCUUAGCCGGUCACACCAGCGUUCCUGAACCAGCUCUGCAGAAAUGACAUGACUGUUAGAUACCACACUGGGGCCUAUUUAAUUGCCUCUAGGUUAAAUCAUUGGUAUCUGGACUUUUGAACUACUUAGUUGAACACUGCAGGAGUAAAAGAAUCCAGUGUUCCCCCAGAGUGUGUUCCAUAGAACACAGUUCCAAAGAUGAUCUUCCAAAUAUAGGGUUCCAUGGUCAAAUGAGUUUGGGAAAGAUACUAUCUUAAAAAGUUAGUGCAUAUAAGCACACAGAAGGUUUUAAUUUAAAUGCCCUAUGGGUGGGCGGUGGAGACAGGGGAAGAAACACACCAUAAAUGUAAUUUCAGUUAGCUCUGUGCUUUCCAGAUUAAUUUGGCCAGAGAAACUUUUUUGAGUAACACCUAGUAACAUUCCAAGGAGCUUGUGUUCCACAGGACCCACGUUGGGAAUUUCUGGCAUAUGGAAAUAGUACUAUUUUCUCAUUCACUACAACUCUUAGUGGUAGCCGCACAUUUUGCAAUUUUGAAACACGAGUCCUUUUCACAUAUGAGGCUGAUUUGUUAAUGAAAGUGGGAAGAAACAGUAUGACUUAAUAAGACCCAUCAGCAGCUUCCCAUUGAUAACAGAAGCCCAGCAGUCCUACCUGAAGCUCUAAACUUCUCUCUUUUGUGUUAAUAAUAGGCAGGAGCCUUGCCAUAUAGCUAGGGAUUUCUCAUAUUCAUUCCAAGAGCUUUCAGUUGUAUUUUUGAAGUCAUCUUUGCUUUCCAGAUUGAAUCAAAAUAAAUAUUUUUACAUCUCAUCACUAUGUGAAAGUUUAGAAAUACAUAUUUAAAACAGUAGAAAAGGAGGAAAAAGACAUUUGGUUAUAAUUCAUUUUAAAAUUUUAACUAGAUUUUUAAAAUUAUGUAUCCAUUGUAUAAUAAUGGAAAUGUAAACUAUUAACACUUAUUUACUCUUUGUCCUCUGUCAUUCUUUCCAGAUUCAAUGAAAUAAUCUGAAAUCAACCAAAGCUCAUUUGUUCUAAAAUCCCUGUCCCAUGUUGUCCCACUUUUCACAUAUUAUGUAUAGGAUUAAGUUUGGUGAGUUACCUCUUGCUUAAAAUGUAGGGCUUGGCUAUAACUCUGUACUCGUCACGCUCGCCCUGGGCAGGCCUGGGACGCGCUAGGGAAUCCUGAAAUAACAGAUGAAACAAAUUUAGUCCAAAACACCACGCACAGUGAAGUUAGGGUAAAGUCAUUAAUCAGAAUUAUCAGGAAUACAUCCACCCUGUGGACAUUAUCCAAAAUAGUAAAAAACUGAAAGUAAAACUGCUUAAGCUAGGUGGCAGAUUUCAGAGGGCAAGUGACAGUUGAAUUAGAUAUGUGCUUCUAGACAUGUUUGGUAAUAUGUAAAUUUUUUUUGCUAAUUCUUAAUGUCGGUGCUUUGUUAUUUUCUCUUUUUACCACUGUUAAACCGCAGACUGUUUAACUAAGGGUGGAUUAUGAUCAUUUUGAUGUGUUUAGUAAUAACCACACCAUCAUUUGUACAACCACUUUAAUAAAUCCAAGUUAAGGACUUUGAAGAGAGCAUGAAGUAGCUAUUCAUUUUAACGAAUCACAAAGGCAUUUUCAUAGUUCAAAACUCUGCCAACAAGCAAGCAGCAAAGGUGCAGUUUAUAUUUAGAGAUGUGGUUUCAUUUAUUCUAUAAGUCCUAUAACCUGGCAUUAUUUAACCACAAAAUCCCCUCUGACAUUUGCCAAAUCCAAAUUAAUCUCAAAAUCUCCGAGGACCUGAGUCCUUGGCUCUGAGCACAAGCAGACUGCUAUGGAGGUUCUGGUGGCAGAUUGUGAUGGGGGACGAUUGGGGGCUGGACAGUGUGCCUGGGUUGCUUGCUGUCUCUGUGGGAGAGGGACUGUGUGUGUAUCUGCCACACUCUCUCUUCACCUUUUGUCAUGAGGAAAUUCAGAGAUUAAAGAUGAUAACAUGUUUCUAUAUAAAUCUGACAAUGCAUAAUUUAAAACAUGUUCACACAGAAGCAAAGACAGAAGUAAUAAUCAAGGAAUUGGGGAAGAAAACCUGUAGGGUACCCAGACUUUAAAAAUGUAAAAAAGUAGUUUUUCCAAAAAUCAGACUUCAGUCAUAGCAACUGCGGACACCUGCACACAGAUCAGUAGAAGGCAGUUUUCCCACAUCUCACCUAUUCAAACAAGAGGCUUCCUAGGUAGAGUAUUGGCUAAUGCUUUUUUUACGUGUUAGUCAAAGACAGAAUUCUAAAGCUUGUAUAGGACUGUUAGAAUAGGCAGCAUCACAUCUAAGAAAAAUAGUUUGGAACAUUUUUUAAUUUAAAAAAAGGCAAAAUUAAUUACCAGUAUGGUCAAAGUCAGAAUGUAAAGAAAAGCAUUUUUGAGAAAAUAUAAAAGACAAAAUUAAAAGAGAAUCGUAUCAGAGGAAAUAUUUUAAAUUAAGAAAAGGAGGCAUAUUUUAUUACAUAAUGAAUCAUGCUUUCUGAUAUUUGUGUUUUUUCUGGAACUAAGGAGAUAACAUUGAAAUAAGAAAAUGAACAUUGAGUUAUUUGUAAAUGCAGUAACAUUACAGUCCCUAUUCCAUUCUUUCCCAAUGAAAAUGGAUAUGUGUGGCCUUAUUUAUUGCUGUCCUAAACGACCUUCACUGUUCUAGGUUCUGUUUACUUUGCAAAUCUUAGAAGUGGUUUUACCCUGCAUCCUUCGAAUUUUUGCAUCUUCCAAGCAGAAAUACCCCCUUUUAAGAGUUUUUUAAACAGUAAGACAAAGUGAUAGGCCCUUCAUUUUCCAGUGCCCAGAUAAAACCGAAGCCAGAUCAACACAGUCACAGCUCCAACAGAGAGCGAGGUUUAGUAGACAUAAUUUUUCAAAGGCCAACAUGAAUACCAGUGAGUAUUCAGUUUAAAACAGACAGUUACAAACAACAGGGUGAUUCAGUGUUCUUGCUUUUUGGAGGUUUUCUAAUCCGUAUAAUACAAAAGGUCAUAUUUGCUCAUAUAAUUAAAAAAAAAAAAAACACCAAUCGUGGAGAUGAUGAUUUAGACAUCUUUAACCCAAGAGAAUGAUGUUGCUUGUGCAAAUUUUAAAUUUCUGCCUGUAUUAGUACAUGUAAGAAUAAACAAUGAUUGCUUAGUGUACUAAUGAAAAGAUAUAAAUCCUGCUAUUUGAGAAAAAACUAGAACCGUGGGACGUGAAGCAAGACUACUGUCCCCAUUUAGGCUUCAAGACUACAGCCCGUCUUCAUGUGUUGAUCAUUUUGGUUGUCUUUUUACCUCAGGUAUAUACUCAGAAAAUAGAGUAAUAAACACAAAAAAUGGAGAGAAUCCAAUAACUUUUGCUUCUAUUUUAGAAAGCAGAGGCACCUGGCUGGCUCCAUCAGUGGAGCAUGCAACUCUUGAUCUCGGGGUCAUGAGUUCAAGCUUCAUGUUGGGUGUAGAGAUUACUUAAAAAAAAAUUAGAAAGCAGUGUUUGCCCUUUUCAAUUUAUCUGAAAUACUUGUUCAUAUUGAAACGUUAACACCUACAACAUGGUCUCCGGUUUACCCUUUGAUUACUCAAGCAAAUGGAUUUGAUUUAGAGCACUUACACGACUUCAAAUCAGGCUGUCCAGUUAAAAUCUAUUUUGCAAUGCCUCAGCGUUCCUAUGGUGAGCCAGGAAAAAGAAAACAAAAACAAAAGAGAAAAACACUUUAGUAAGGCCAGAGAAUGGUUAUACUGACAAGCCUGGAAAAUAGUAAUGAAAAAGCUAAUUCCAAAACACUCCAAUGUGAACCAUGUUCACGUAUAUAAUUUCUAUAUGCCAAAUGUACAGGGUGUAUUUUUAAAUAUAAGCAUCAUUGCAUUUAUAACAGAUUGAUCUACCUUAUGAACAGAUUUAAUUAGAAAUCUGUUUUUAGAGCAAAAAUUCUGUAUUUUUGCUGUAAGUACAUCUACUUGUAUGUUUUGUUCUUUCCUUUCCUUUUUUUUUUCUUUUUUCCUGAGCACCUACCAUGUGCCAAGCAGAGGGAGUCUGAGUAGGUCUAGAGGUGACCACUCAGGCAUCAUCUCUGCCUUCUUUUACAGCCCAACGGAGGCUUCACAGAUAUUAUAACACUCAGCAUUGGCUGAAUGGGAUGAAAAUCGGCAUCUUUCAUGAUUUCCUCCAAUGGCCUUGGAUUUGUGAGGACAAGGCAGAAUUACAUACAGUAAUUCCUUCCUACACACAAGAGAGUGCACGACAAAAGGUUAAGCAUAUCUUGCUUAUAUCCAAGCAAAUUCCAUCAGAUAUGUUAGAUUACCUAAGUUUCCCAAGGAUUGAGUGAGGAAGUGAGACAGGGAGCCCCUGGGGACCAGGGCAGGGGUAAGGCUGUCUCCGUAGGAGGCCUCCACCCAAGUGGGACAGCAGCUAGACAAGAGCUCAGUAGUAGUAUGGUCAAAGCCAAGGUGUCUCUCCCUUCAGGAUCCUUUCCUGAAGGAAAGAGAGAAUUGCAAAAAAAGAAUAGGGAAUAAUGAGAACAUCUCUCCGUGGCCAAUUUUAAUUUUUGUUCCCAAGAAGCUAUAUAGUGUAACAACCUUAUGCCCCAAAAAAGAACCCAGAACUGAGAGUGUUUUGUUUUGUUUUAAGAUUUUAUUUAUUUAAUAGAGAGAGAGUGUGCAAGCAGGGGGAGAAGAGGGAGAGGGAGAAGCAGACUCCCCACAGUGCAGGGAGCCCGAUGUGGGACUCGAUCCCAGGACCCUGGGAUUACAACCUGAGCCGAAGGCAGACACUUAACUGACUGAACCACCCAGGCGCCCCCUGAGAGUAUUUAUCAACAGUGUUCAUGAAUCUAUAAAUUAGUGAAUUCAUCACACAGAAAAUUGACAUGUCUCAGUAAUAUAAUAAUUUCUUGGUUUUAAAUACGAACAGAAGACUAAAUGCCAGAUUUUUUUUUUUUUUUAAAUCAUAAAGUUGGUAUCCAUAGUAACUUUAAAUAUUCCAGAGUCUGGGCAUGGAAUUUAAGUUUUAUAUUUUGAACAAAAUAGCAACAUCUAUUUUUUGUAUGGCACAGCAAAACUAAAUACCAGACUUUUAUUUUUAACUACAGAGGCCACCACUUAUUUCUAAGUUCUUUGCCUGGGCAUCUUCCCUAGACAUCUCUUUCUGUCUAUGCCAACUGCUUCUUUACCAAGUAAUAUUAGCUACUGCCAAAUUACAUUAGAAUCCUAUUGAAUUCGAAGAACAGAAAGUGAAUGAUAAGAGAUUGGGAAUAUCUCAGAGUGAUCAGAAGUGGGGGAUUCUGUUGCCAUUUUGUUUCCUUUUUUUAUUUUAUUUUAUUAUGUUAUGUUAGUCACCAUACAUCCCAUCAUUAGUUUUUUAUUUAUUUUUUAAAUUUUAUUAUGUUAAUCACCAUACAC